AUGGGAAUGUGGGAGGAAGCGAGUGACCCAGUGAUGGGGAAGAAGGAUAAAAAUGAGGAGCGGAAGGAGAGAAUCCUGAAUCUCACACUGGAGAUUAUCUAUCUGCUGACUGGAGAGGGCUACGUCAUCCCUAAGAAGAAGAGCCCAACUGUGGGUUUGGGGGCCCUGCAUGCCCCUGGCUCCGUCAUACAGAAGGAAAAUGACAAGAAGAUCCUGGAACUCAUCUCCAACAUCAUCCAGCUGCUGACUGGAGAGGUUGCCAUAAGGAGUGAGGAUGUUUCCAUCUAUUUUUCCUUGGAGGAGUGGGAGUAUAUAAAAGGAAACAAGGCCCUUUACAGGGAAGGGAUAAAGGAGGAGGAGGAGGAGCCCCAGCAGCUCCGCCCACUGGCCUGUGAGUAUAAAGAUGGGAGCGAUGUUACAGCACAUACGGAAGCAACUUUAUGUUGUAAUAAUGAUGGGAAUCUCACAAACCCUGAUGUUUCUCCAGCGGAACAGCCCCCACCGGCCAAUGGGAUGAAAGAGGAGGCGGCUUCAUGGGAAGGGGGAAACCAAUCAGAUUGCAGCAUUAAUCCCCUUACAGAACAGAUACAGGGAACAGACACACCUACUCCUAUCAUGGGGUGCAGCCUAGAUAGCAACUCGGCAGUUAAUUAUGCAUCAAUUGAUGUGAAGGAGGAGUUAAUUUCUUCAUGGGAAGGGGGAAACCAAUCAGAUUGCAGCAUUAAUCCACUUACAGAACAGAUACAGGGAACAGACACGCCUACUCCUAUCAUGGGGUGCAGCCUAGAGGAUAAUAAUCAUGAUGAAAAUUCCCACCAAUCUCCACAUAAAUCUCACAUAACAAAAAAUACAUUACGUAGGAAAUACAGCUGCAGUGAGUGUCAGAAACACUUAAGUAAUAAGAGAGACUUUGAUAAACACCAGAGAACCCACAAAAGAGAGAAACUUUUUUCUUGUUCUGAUUGUGGGAAAUGUUUUUCAACACGAUAUAACCUUAUUACUCAUCAAAGGACUCACACAGGGGAGAAACCAUUUUCUUGUUCUGAAUGUGGGAAAUGUUUCUCAAGCAAAUAUUAUCGGGAUUGUCAUCUAAGCACCCACACAGGGGAGAAUCCAUUUUCUUGUUCUGAAUGUGGGAAAUGUUUCUCAAGCAAAUAUUAUCGGGAUUGUCAUCUAAGCACCCACACAGGGGAGAAUCCAUUUUCUUGUUCUGAUUGUGGGAAAUGUUUUUCAACACGAUCUAACCUUAUUACUCAUCAAAGGACCCACACAGGGGAGAAACCAUUUUCUUGUUCUGAAUGUGGGAAAUGUUUUUCGAACCGAUCUUUGCUCAAUUGUCAUCAAAAGACCCACACGGGGGAGAAACCAUUUUCUUGUUCUGAAUGUGGGAAAUGUUUUUCGAACCGAUCUAUACUCAAUCGUCAUCAAAGGACUCACACUGGGGAGAAACCAUUUACUUGUUGUGAAUGUGGGAAAUGUUUUGCAAUGCAAUCUGAGCUUGAUUAUCAUCAAAGGACUCAUUUAGGGGUAAGACCUUUUUCAUGUUCUGAAUGUGGGAAAUGUUUAUCAGACCAAUACCGCCUUAAAAUUCAUUAUAGAACCCACACAGGGGAGAAACCAUUUUCAUGUUCUGAAUGUGGGAAAUGUUUUUCAGAGCGAUCCCAACUUAAAACUCACCAUAGAACCCACACAGGGGAGGAACCAUAUUUUUGUACUGAAUGUGGGAAAUGUUUCUCAAGCCAAUCACUCCUUAUAAAGCAUCGUAGAACCCACACAGGGGAGAAACCAUUUUCAUGUUCUGAAUGUGGGAAAUGUUUUUCAUACCAAUGCCGCCUUAAAAUUCAUUAUAGAACCCACACAGGGGAGAAACCAUUUUCAUGUUCUCAAUGUGGGAAAUGUUUUGUAAGACAAACUCAUCUACAUAGUCAUCAAAGGAUUCACACAGGGGAGAAGCCAUUUUCUUGUUCUGAAUGUGGGAAAUGUUUUUUGAACCGAUCUAUACUCAAUCGUCAUCAAAGGACUCACACUGGGGAGAAACCAUUUACUUGUUGUGAAUGUGGGAAAUGUUUUGCAAUGCAAUCUGAGCUUGAUUAUCAUCAAAGGACUCAUAUAAGGGUAAGACCUUUUUCAUGUUCUGAAUGUGGGAAAUGUUUUUCAUACCAAUCCCGCCUUAAAAUUCAUUAUAGAACCCACACAGGGGAGAAACCAUUUUCAUGUUCUGAAUGUGGGAAAUGUUUUGUAAGAAAAUCUCAACUACAUAGUCAUCAAAAGACUCACACAGGGGAGAAGCCAUUUUCUUGUUCUGAUUGUGGGAAAUGUUUUUCAAUCCGAUCUGAACUCAAUCGUCAUCAAAAGACUCACACAGGGGAGAAACCAUUUUCUUGUUCUAAAUGUGGAAAAUGUUUCUCAAGAAAAUAUCAUCUUGAUUGUCAUCAAAGGACCCACACAGGUGAGAAACCAUUUUCUUGUUCUGAUUGUGGGAAAUGUUUCUCAAGCAAAUUUUAUCGUGAUUGUCAUCUAAGGACCCACACAGGGGAGAAACCAUUUUCUUGUUCUGAAUGUGGGAAAUGUUUUACAAACCGAUCUAAACUCAAUCGUCAUCAAAGGACUCACACGGGGGAGAAACCAUUUUCUUGUUCCGAAUGUGGGAAAUGUUUUUCAAACCGAUAUAAACUCAAUCGUCAUCAAAGGACUCACACGAGGGAGAAACCAUUUUCUUGUUCUCAAUGUGGGAAAUGUUUUUCAACCCAAUCUAAACUUAAUCGUCAUCAAAGGACUCACACAGGGGAGAAGCCAUUUUCUUGUUAUGAAUGUGGGAAAUGUUUUUCAGUGCAAUCUGAGCUUGAUUAUCAUCAAAGGACUCAUAUAGGGGUAAGACCUUUUUCAUGUUCUGAAUGUGGGAAAUGUUUUUCAAAUCAAUCUACUCUGAAAAUUCAUUACAGAACCCACACAGGGGAGAAACCAUUUUCAUGUUCUGAAUGUGGGAAAUGUUUUGCACAGCAAUCCUGCCUUAAAACUCACUAUAGAACCCACACAGGGGAGAAACCAUUUUCAUGUUCUGAAUGUGGAAAAUGUUAUAAAGACCGAUCCCGCCUUAAAAUUCAUUUUAGAACUCACACAGGGGAGAAACCAUUUUCAUGUUCUGAAUGUGGGAAAUGUUUUUCAGAGCAAGCCUGCCUUAAAACUCACUAUAGAACCCACACAGGGGAGAAACCAUUUUCUUGUUCUGAAUGUGGGAAAUGCUUUUCAAAACAAUACCACCUUAAAAUUCAUAAUAGAACCCACACAAGGAAGAAACCAUUUUCAUGUUCUCAAUGUGGGAAAUGUUUUGUAAGAAAAUCUCAACUACAUAGUCAUCAAAGGAUUCACAAAGGGGAGAAGCCAUGUUCCUUGUCUAAAUGAGGAAAAAUGAUUUGCAUGGAACAGUCUAAAAAUACUUUCACAAUGAGUAAAACUGUAAACUCGUUAUACAAAGGAAGCAUCAGGCAAACAUUCUCUUUCAAGCAGACUCCAUCUUAAUAUAUGUUUCAGUAUUUACAGAGAGGAACACAUUUGUGCCCCAUAAAAUAUUUCCUUAAGAGAAUCCUAAAGACUCCUGAUGGGCACUGGGCAAUUCUGAGACUGGGGGGGCACCAAAGCAGAAUGCACCAUAAGUACCUUCCCCCGGCACUGGCUCUGCAUUGGGAACUGAGGAGCCCUCUGGGAUAUAUCUCCCCCUCCCCCCAACAGAUAAUAUUCUGGGUUUUAUUGAACAAGAAGGGACAUAUUCCAAGGGGUACGAGCCCCCCAGGGUAUCACUUGGGCAGAUGCUGUUCCCUAAUGCUCACACAGUAGGUAACAUAAUGGGGAUAUACCCAGCUGGGAAUGACUUGCCGGGUACAUAGGCUCUUACUGGGUAAAUAUAAAGCCUAUAACAUCAUCUUGUCAUUAUUAACCCAAUGUCAUUUCCAAUGGGGCAUUUGUUGAGAUGAAAGGAAAGGGGGUUACACCAUUAUCCUAUAAAGGGUCUCUUUACAUUAAAUCAAUUUUUUGAAAA